AUGAAGAUUUCCAAGAAAAAGAAAUCAAAAAAGUUAGCAUUAAAAUCCCUUCAUGGGGCGUUGAGAGGUUUAUUGAAUGAAUCUCCAACGACUUUAAAUAAUCCCAAGACAUUACUUAAAUCAUCUGAAACAAACGAUAAAUCAACGGCAAAACUUAAGGAGACGAAACCUAAACAUGUUAAAUCUAAGAAAAAGUCUAAAGGUCAAUAUGUACGUAAAAUAGGAGGCCGUGAAGGAGAAAAUGAAGUCAGUCCUUACUAUAAUGCCUUUGAUGAAGAUAACAACGAAAAUGUCACUGAGAAGAAUGGAAUCAUAUAUAUCAAGUCUCGAGAGAAUAUAUUAAUCCCUAAACUGACUGACGAUGAAGUAAUGGAACGUCAUAAGAAAGCAGAUGAAACCAUGAAGGAAGUAUGGACAAAUAUUAUCAACAAAUAUGAAUCUGUGGAAACACAGGGAGAUUUAAUUGACUUAAAGACUGGGGAGAUCAUUGAAGAUAAUGGUCAUAUACGGGGAUUGCAGCAUGGCCAUGCUGAUACGACCACAAGAUAUCAAAGUACUCAUUUUCAUGAGGAACGAAAUGUCAAUGAUGAAUACAGCAUAUGGCAAGAUGGUGAUGGUGCAGCAACAGAUGGCUCUGAGAUUGACUGA